CGUUGCAAUGACGUAAAAUCAAAAGAACAAGUUAUGCUUGUCCCUUGGAACCAUGGUGAACAUUGGAUGUUGCUUAUUUUGGCACCAUAUGCAUAUCAUGUUUAUUGUUGUGAUCCGGUGAAUUCAGAGCUAAAUAACCGUGAGGAGAUUGUAUCAGUGAUCGUCAGCGCUUUCAAUCUUUUUUUCUCUAUGAAUCUUCCUGAUGUCGAGAUCCCUGAUACUCUACGCAUUAAGCAACCUCAGUGUCCACACCAACCGGACAAUGUGGCAUGUGGAUACUACUUAAUGAGGAUGUUGAAGGAUUUGAUUGAACAUGCGAGUCCUGGGCAUUACUUGAGAACGCUAACAAGCACAUCAUAUACAGAGGCACAAAUUGAUGAGUUGCGACAAGAAUGUGCGACAUAUAUGUUGCCGAUAAUCCAAAGUUACCGACCUCGUUGAUAGGUUUUUUUUUUUAAUUUUUUAACUCUUUCUUCAUACACAAUGCAAUAUUUGUUCAUUUUGAA